GAUACUCCCUGAAAUGCUACACCUAUAUUUGCUCGAACUCAAGUGUAGGACCCAGCCCUUCCUGUGCACCGCCGCAAGAAACCACGUGUAAACCAUUGCAUGGGGUACCUAUGGCUCCUAACCGAUGCUUAACUCAAAGGUUGGUACUUGGUAUGGGCGAUAUAACUCUACACCAAGAGAUCCGUAACUGUUCCUACUCAUUGCAAUGUCAAAGCAUGCGUGACAUAACAUGUAACGCAGCCAACGCAACUGGAAUCUUGAAGAAGUGUGAAGUAGGCUGUUGUGAAGGAGACCUGUGCAACAGCGGGGGACCCAUACCGACACAAGCACCAAUGCCUACUGGACCCUCCGGAGCGGACCUUUCCUGUAUGGCUUGUUCAAAUAUUCCUAGAUAUGGAGUUCAGAAAGACUGCAGUGAUCCAUUAACACAGACGUGUGGUGCUGGCCCAUUGCCUAUGUUUCCCCAGGAUCGCUGUAUGUCAGUCAAAGGAUUAGUAAAAUUACCAGGUUUAGCCAAGCCCAUGGAGUUCCAAAUGAAAAAUUGCAGCAACCAUGCCAUGUGUGACCAAGGAAUGUUCUGUGCUUCGGCGAACGCCUCAGUGAAUGGAGGUUUGAAAGACUGCCACGUUUCGUGUUGUUUGGGAAAUCUUUGCAAUGCAGAUGUUGCCAUGAAGACAACUACAUCAACAAAAACAGCAGCAGCAACAACAGAAGUAGGAGGAACUACAGCUGGAGGAAAAGCAGCACCAACAGUAUCUUCUGCGACUACUCGCCACAUCCUUACCGGUUUAACUUGUUUUUCUGCAGUUAUUUCUUAUUUUUACUUUAUAGUGAUGGCAUAAACUUUCCACGAUUCAGGACCCAACAAUGGAUCUUUACCGAAUUCACUUGAGUCACCACGUAACACAUAAUGUCUUCAAGUCGAGAUAGGACCUGAUGUUUUCAUUCAUUUAAUGUAUUUUAUCAAGUCUAUUCUUGACUUUGGAGACGUUGUUUCGUGGCUGUCGAGCGAAUUCGGUAAAGGUCGAUUGGUUUGAUUGUUUGGUUGUUUAAAAUUGUGUUACUACGUUUGACAUCCCAGAUGACACUAAAAACUAACAAUUGCAAUUGGUAAAGUACUUCACUAUUAAUCUGGCUUUAAAAUUUCGGUGUUUUUCUAAGCAGGGUCCUGAAAAGGUGUGUACGUGUGUGUUUGCAUAAGGAGGCGGGUGGGCGGGAGGUGUUUCAAUUUCCAAGGCCUGCAUUUUAGUGAUAUCAGUUCAAUGUUCAAUGUUUUCUCGGGCCAUUUCCACGUAACCCAAACUCCAGUCCUAGCAGUAUACCAAAUCUAUUUUUCAGUGCCAAAAGAAUGUAUCUUCCAAUAUCACCCGCACAGAACCUGGCACAGGACACACUAAAUCAAUAACAUACUAAGAGCAAAUGGUAAAAUUAACAGUCAAAUUGUUAAAAAAAUUAAGCACAGUCAUUUUUUUCAUUAAAGAUUUUUAGAAACUCAA